UACACAGUUCGUCCUCUAAUCUGUGACAUUUCUUUCCUCCUGACAGACAGAACAUUCCUCUCUCGUUUCUUGUUUUACUCUUUAAAACCCUUUCUAUGACUUUUCCUUCAACUUCAGUAUUGUCUCAGUUUUUAUUUUAAACAUUCGUUUUUACUUUUUAAACAGCUCCAACCCUUUUCAUCUCUCUAACUCCUUCCCUCUUUCAUCUCUCCAUGAUGGAGGCUGUAGCCGUGUUUUCUUUCCGAUCGACAGAAAGAGAUGAGCUCAGCUUCCAGAAAGGAGAAAUACUCAAGGUGACAGAGAUGGAUGAAGAUCCAAACUGGAUGAUGGCAGAACUCCAUGGGAGGAAGGGCUAUGUUCCAGAGAACUACAUCAGUGUCCUACCCCACCCAUGGUUUGCAGGUCGUGUGUCCAGGCUACAGGCAGAGCAGCAGUUACAUUGGCAGGGCAUUGGUGUGUUCCUGCUCCGAGAGUCAGAGAGUUCACCGGGAGAGUUUUCUGUUUCUGUCAGCUAUGGCGACAUGGUGGAGCACUUCCUGAUCCUGGAGGGGUGUGGUCAGUACAGUGUGUGGGAAGAGUCUUUCUCGUCUCUCAACCGAUUGGUGGAAUUCUACAGAUCACACAGCAUUGCCCGUGAGAGAGCAGUCUACCUAAAGGACCCCCCUGACACACAUUUACACACACCACUACACACACACACACCCUCACACACACCACUACACACACACACACCCUCACACACACCACUACACACACACACACCUAAUCCAUAUCUAGCAGAACAGUACACCCCUCACCCCACCCACAACACCCCUCACCCCACCCACAACACUCCUCACCCCACCCACAACACCCCUCACCCCACCCACAACACCCCUCACCCCACCCACAACACCCCUCACCCCACCCACAACACUCCUCACCCCACCCACAACACCCCUCACCCCACCCACAACACUCCUCACCCCACCCACAACACUCCUCACCCCACCCACAACACUCCUCACCCCAUCCACAACACCCCUCUACAAAUACACCAUCAGACAACAGCCUGGUACUCCAACAGACCAAAAAGGAACUAG